UGGGAAGUGGCGGUCCGGAAUCUAGGCGACGGGGCGAGACGGGGCGAGACGGGGCCGGUAGGUGGCAGGAAGGGGCUGGGCCGGAGCUGGCGGGAGGGCCAGCCCCCGAGGCCCCCGCCCUGGCUUGCCCGCCCCGGCCGCGGAGGAGAAAACGGAGGAUGAUCUCCAGAUACACUCGGAAGGCCGUGCCACAGAGCGUGGAGCUGGCUCGUGAGAGAAAAUAGUGUUCUCUUCUCCCAACCCUGGUGGAAGCUGUCUCUUGUCCUUGGGUCACCAGCGGAGAGUAUGCCAUCCUUGCUGUCCUAAGACUGUUUUUUGUGCUGUUUACUACGUGAAUUGAGGGAAUGGAUAUCCAGAAGCACUUUAUGUUCCCACAGUGCUUCUGGCCCCACUGAAGCUGAAUGCUACAAUAAAGUUGAACGUGUCUAGUUCCAAACACUUUGCAAAGCUGUUUGCUUGAAUGCAUUAGCGAAACCAGGAGACCGACUUGGCACAUCCUGCAGCUAAAGAUAACAGAUCUAAAGAUUGUAUCUAGAAGAUGGUGCAGCUGGGAAGUACAAACCAAGUGGCAGUCCAAUUCGAAAACCUGUUAUCAAGACUUUACACACACACUGCCUUCCCACCCCCGGCAAAUAAUGAUCAGUUUUGUUUGUGGACUAAAAAGCAAGCACUUGUAGCUUAAAGACCUGCUUUGUACGCUUAGUAAAGUGUUGUGACUUGGCAGGAAAGGAAUAACAAAGCAUGCUCUUAACCAUCAUCCCCUUCCAGAGCAACUGGAUGACAUUUCCUCUACCAAUGACGGCCAUGAAAAAGAUACAAGUUCUCAAAGGAACUCACCGAGUUCAGACGUCCUGUCACCAUUUCUGAACUACCUCCAGUGGUAAACCGAGAUGCCACCAGUGGACACUGAGCAGCACAGCUACCGUCGUUUCUGUAUUGUGAGUGAGUCUGACAUCACCCAAGAAUCACCGUUUACAUCAACUGACACCGGGAACUCGCGUUCUGCUUUUCCAAGCUAUGCAGGCACAGGGAUCUCUACAGAAGGCAGCUCCGACUUCUCUUGGGGAUAUGGUGAACUUGACCAAAAUGCCACUGAGAAAGUGCAGGCCAUGUUCACCGCCAUCGAUGAGCUCCUUUACGAGCAGAAGCCGAGUGUGCACACACAGAGUCUGCAGAAAGAGUGCCAGCAGUGGGCAUCCAGCUUUCCUCACCUCAGGAUUCUAGGUAGGCAGAUAAUCACUCCAAGUGAAGGCUAUGGAUUGUACCCUCGAUCACCUUCUGCUGUGUCAACUUCACAUGAAGCAACCUUGUCUCAAGAGAGAGACUCUACCAUAUUUGGUAUAAGGGGAAAGAAGUUACAUUUUUCAUCUUCUUAUGCUCAUAAAGCAUCUCCCAGCACUAAACCCUCUGGCUUGUCCACUGCGGAAGGGGGAGAGGUGGACUGUAUAAUCUUUUCUGAAGGAAUAAUUGAGGAGUACCUGGCUUUCGACCACACAGACACGGAAGAGGAAUUUCAUGGAAACAAAUCAGAAGCAGCUACAGAGAAACAGAAAUUAGGGUACCCUCCCAUUGCUCCAUUUUACUGCAUGAAAGAGGAUGUCCUUGCUUAUGUUUUUGACAGCGUGUGGAGCAAGGUUGUGGGCUGUAUGGAGCAGUUGACACGUAGUCACUGGGAGGGAUUUGCUUCUGAUGAUGAGAGUAACAUUGAAAUUACCAGACUGGAUUCGGCAAGUCCCUGUGUGCUGAAUGAACAGCAUCCCUUGGUUUUACCUCGAGUGCCGCAGUCUAAGGUGCUGUCCAUCACCUCAAAUCCGAUGAGUUUCUGUCAAGCAAGUGGUCACCAGCCAAACGUGAAUGGCCUCUUGGUUCACGGGAUGCCUCUACAGCCGAGGAACCUCUCCCUGAUGGAUAAGCUCCUAGAUCUUGAUGACAAGCUACUUAUGAGGCCUGGCUCCAGUUCCAUCCUUUCAAACAGAAAUUGGCCAAACCGAGCCCUGGACCUUAGUACGUCGUCUUUGUCAUAUACAGCACAGUCUGCCAGGAGACGCAACCCCCCACCACGCACCCUUCAUCCGAUCAGCACAAGCCACUCACGUGCUGGGACGCCAUGGCCUGCAGAAGAAAUCCUCAGAGGAUCCCGAGUUGGGCUCUACAGUCCAGCGACUGCAGACACGCUGUCUUCUCCCUCACCGAUGCCCCUGGGUCGGAACAAUCUGCUGCCACCUAUUGGAACAGCUGAAGUAGAACGUCUGAGCAACAUGGGGUCGCAGCGGCCAACAAAAGCCCACGGUGACUCCAGCAGAGCUCGCAGUGCAGUGGUGGACGAGCCAAACCAGCAGCCCCAAGAGAGGCUCCUUUUACCUGUCUUCUCUAGACCCAACACAACUCAGUCAUUUUUGGUCCUCAGUCACAUGGGUCUACAAAACCUCAAAGCAGAGGUGGACCCAUCUCUAGAACCAGGCAGUGACCAAAGGACAAGUGAGAACCCGCAAGGCUGCAGCAGACUGCGAACACAUGGAGUUCAUGCACCAGUGCUCAGGCACCAGAUAAUGCACAGCUCCUACAGACAGCAGCUUGGUCCAUCUUCAAGGGUUAUCUUGGUACAACUGUCCGAGAAACACUAGCGUAUCUGCCAAAGACUGCAUGGGCAAGUGUUCCGUGUCCAGUUACUGUCUUCUUUCAGCUAGUCCACUGGGUAGGAAAGACUGUACCCAAAGACGUGACAAUGAAAAACAGCCCCAAAUCACUGCUCAUGUUGUCUGUAACCAAUCACUAGUCUGAUUUGUAUACAGUUCAGUGAGAGUCCAUACACACGGAUGAUUCAGAUCACUGGCUUCGGAAUAUUUCUACUUAUAUUAAUUUCUGGAGAACUGCACCAUUUUACCAUAUUUUUAGAAGAAAGUGCUGCCAAAAAUCUGAGAUACUCAUCAAAUAAAUGUCAUU